AUGACGAACAGAGCACCUUCCAAUGCCCUUGUUCCCCUAGACUCGACAUUAGAGCUGCUGGCAAAAGCUGGCCUCCUCAGCCGCGCCUCCCAUACCACGUUACGUCCGCCAUUACUGAUUGCGGAUUCCGAUUUCGAGGGCCAUGAAGGUGACGGAUGCCAACAGGCCACGCACACCAAUCGCCACGCGUGGAAGGAGAGUGGAGGGUGGCUUGAGUGCAGCUCCGACGAUGAGUUUGAAAGAUAUCAUGCGGAGGACGAGGACGACGAUGACUGCAGCUCCUCUGGGGGCUCGACGUGGGACGAGCCGGCUUCUGUCUUUCAUGCCAACGCUCUUAUCGAUAACGAGGAUGCCAACUCGCCUCGAUCAAAGCAAUCCGUGGUAGCGGACAAGAACGCCUCGCAAGCAACUGGCAACGGGCCUAGAGAGUCUACAACGGGAGGGCAAGCCGGGUCCGGGUCGGCAGCCGCGCCUGCGCGCGCUGGAACGAAAAGGGCCCGCGCCCCUUCGGACAUAAUGUCCUCGGACCAUGAUAGCCAACCUUCGCGUUCACGCCGGGUUCGCACAGAAGACCGACCCCGAGUCAUUUUAGCGUGCCCAUUCUACAAGUGGAAUCCGGCUCGGUACCGUGGGUGUCGCCGCAUCCUCCUGACCAAGAUCUCGUACGUCAAGCAGCAUAUCUUGCGGAGUCACCGAAUGCCGCCGCAUUGUCAGAUUUGCAAUACACUUUACCAGACGGAUGAGCAGCUUCGAACCCACAUCUAUCAGCUACGGAGCCGAGUCAACCAGAAAAACUCGCUCGAGGCCCAAUGGUACGAAGUUUUCGACAUCAUCUUCCCGAACGCACAGAGACCAGCUUCUGUUCAUCUAGACCCCGAGCUGUCGCAAGACCUCGACGAAUUUGUCAGUUACCUGACGACCAAUGGGCCAAACAUCAUUCUGGAACAAAUCAAAUUUUCCGACCUCCUGCCCCGCGACAACCCCCAAGACAUCAAUAUAGACAUUCUCCGGAUGAACCUUUCCUCGGGAUUCCAAGAAAUCUAUGAUCGAUGGUACAAGAACCGGGCAACAGAGGAGGGCUCCUUGCCUUCGUCUCUUCCACGACCGGCCUUGAGCGCGCCUCCCGAAGCGCACAUGCUGCGUCCUUCGCCACACCCGCAUCCUCCCAUCCCUGGGCCUGGGAGCCUCAACCUCUCGCACCAGACGGUGUUCGCUAUGGGUGGCUCUGAUGAGUUGGCGCCGCUUCGGAUCUCUAGGCGCUCGGCGCAUGAUGGUGCCCAGAGAGGGUCACCUCUUGUGGCGCAGAUGCCGACGCCCGAGAGAAGUGACCACUGGCCUCCCCAGCCGAGUGAUAGAAGUGCAGCCGCACCAAGGCCCCAGUCGCCCCCGCCGAGGUAA